CAUGGAGUUUGCGCUGGCAAAUGCGACCGAUGCCUUUCUCGAAGUCAUCUGCCCAUUGAACGCGUUUCGCGUAGCUGACGUCAAAGAGAGAGCGACCACGUGCCUCGUCUUCACGCAGAAAAGGCUGAAUGGACUGCAAGUAGCGGUCCAGUGUCUUCCGGAGGUCUGGCACGGGUAACCUCGGCAAUUUUGCCAUCGUGCUCAACCCAGCACACCUCGAUGGGACGAUGAACAGGGAUAGCUUCGGGCGGUAUCGGAGUGGUAUACGGCCGCCUAACGAUGUCCUUGAGAUCAUGCCAGUCGCGGCGGUUUGGCUUCGUGACUGUUGUUCAUGGAUCGCGGACUCCUACUCCCUUUCUCCAACCUCUACAGCAGACUUUCCUCAGUUUAAAUCACAUGUAACUUCUCAGUUUUUUCAGUCUAGCCUCGCAGACUCUACCCUGCCAAAUACUGGUCUCCCGCAAGACAUCCAUGCCAUCAAAAGAGGUCGCGUUUCAGGUCCUCCAUGUCUCGUAGAAAUUCGUGCCAUCAGCGACAUUGCCCACAGUGCAUUUAGCUUGAUGAACGUGAGGCAGAAUCGCGUGGAUCGAGCGGACUUAGCCGGCCUUGUGAGAGAGGGUCAAGAGGAUGCAGAAGAGGAUGAGGGCCCAGUCCCAAAAUAUCCGAGAGGCAUGUUGCGUCUCGAGCUCAGCGAUGGUUUCACAACUGUCGAGGCUGUGGAAUAUCGUUCUAUACCACAGCUUGAACUUGGUGUCACUCCGUUGGGGUACAAGAUUCGCAAAGGCAUUCUCUUCCUCGAACCUAAGACAAUCGAGCUGAAAGGGCACCAAACAGAGGAUCAUGAAGCAAUGCAAGAUGAAAUAUUCCUGCGCAGCCUGAGACGGAGGCUUGGGAAACCAGACCCAGUCCCCAAUGCACAACUAGCUGGAGAGGCUGAGGCUCCACCACAGGCGCCCCCGCCCCCCAGAGCUCCAUCUCCUGUUGCUGCUAAUAAACGGCCUGUCGGUAAUUCAGCCGAAGGUUCCACAUCAGCCAAUGUCGUAUCUACAGCAGUUCGAUCAAAGCCUAUAUCUACCGCUGCGCCGAAACCAAGCUCAGCACAGGCAGCCUCACAGUCGAGGCCCAUCCCCGCUUCCACCUCGUUCACCCUUGUCUCGUCCUCUAAGCCAACAUUUUCACUCAAGCCUCCUCCUGCCGCAGAUCGUUCUGCGCCGACCACCUCGCCGUACUUUUCUACGUCUUCUACAUUGUCGUCCCUCAAACCCUUCGACAUCAACGUCGGGCAGGUCUGAUCCACAGCACAACCCGUCCGGCCCCCUGGCACGGGCUCGGAUCCUCUCUCCCGCGCCAGGGGUGACCUGGGAUGACGAGGACUUCGAAGCUUUCGUAACCGAGUCCGGAUCUGCGCCUAUUUCACCUCCAAAGGCCAUCUCCAAACUGGCCUCAAAGCGAAGCGUUCCAUCCGCAAGACC